UCUUUCUUUUCACCUUUUUUUUCGUGAUUUGUUCGCUGUAAUUCUGUUCAAAUUGGCCGAUUUCAGUGGCGAGAGAGCUUGCUUCUGCUCUCGGAUCAAUCAUCUAAAUGACCGUUUGUUGAUCGGCGCAGCUCUACGCCUCUUACCGGAGUUUCAUGGCGGAUGAGAUCGCCGUUCUCGUCGCGGCUGCAUCCUCCGAUGAUUUCGCUCAGCAGCUCCGCUCUGAUGCGCUGGCGCCUGUGUUCAGGCUAGGGUUUCAGAAACUCUACUCAAUCCUCAGGCAAUCCGUCAAACCAGUGGAUGUUGAUGUUGAUAUUGAUAGUGGCGGUGGGAAUAGUAAACCUGGCGGCAGUAAAUUAGGGCUGGAGGAUUGGGACCAAGCUCAGAUUCAUGCAUUGGCUUGUGUCUCAGUUGCUGUUGUCAAAGGCAUCCGAUCCCUAUCGAUUGACCAAGUCGAACCAGUUGCUGUGGCCGUGGUCCAGCAGUCGAUUGAGUUUGCUUUGUGUUAUUUGGAGAAAUGCAUUCGGAAGAGUGAUGAUUCAACUCUACAGAAUGCUAUGUUACAACUAUUAGAGCUGUUGCUAGUGGAUGGCGCACACAUAGACAUUUCACAGCCGUGUUCAACGAGUAUUCCUGUGGACUUGUUGUCUCCUGUUGCUGAUAAAGAUGAUGCUGUUCAGUGGCAGGGCAAUGUUAAGUGCAUGCAUCAAGGAUCCAUGUGCUCUCAGGAAAAGGAAGCAGAUGAUCAACUGUUAAUGACAUUUAUGUCUGAAUGUGUGCAAGUUGAUAUUGUAAAUCCUGUUAUGACUGGUCUGUUUCCCCCCUCCAAUGUCAAUAAGCUGAGUACUCUUGCUCAGCAUUGGGCUAUUGUUCAUUUAGGAUUCAUUCAUCGUCUUAUCCGACUUUGCAAAGAACUUCUAGAACUUCCAGUGUCAUAUGAUGAGAAACAAGCAUGUCUCAACCUGCGGCGAAGAUUGUCAACUUGUGUGAGAGUACUCAAGUUACUGGGGAGUCUUACAAAAGAGAAUUCAUCUGUUGGUUCUGACAAAGUGUUGUUGCAAUCUACUGCUUCGUUAAUCGAUAUAAUGCCUAUCUUGUUCAGAACUUGCGUUGAGUUUGUAAAUAAUAAUUCUGUGGUCGAAAGUAGCUAUGAGAGCCUCGCUGUGCACUUCUUGGAAGAAUUUUUUCAAGUAAUGCAAGCAACUUUCUGCAAGAAUUACGUGUUUCAGAAUAUCCGAGCAUGCGCAGUGGCAUCUAUCUUGCACAAUCUGAAUUCUGAUGUCUGGAGGUUUGAUAUAUCUGUUUCCAGUCAUAAAGCUCCCUUGGCGUAUUUCCCUCGGGUGGUUAUUUUUGCGCUGAAACUCAUUUCGGAUAUCAAGGAUCAGACCCGUCACGUUUUUGAGUUUGAUGAUCUGAAUACAAAGGAUACCGAGAGUCAUUUAGAGCUUGAUUCCCCUUCAUGCCAUGUUUGUAACAAGAAAGUAUUCUUGCUGAAAAAGUAUACCGUGGAGGAAUUAUUUGGAAUGAUAUUUCCUUCAUCAGUUCAAUGGCUAGACAAUGUAAUGCAUCUAAUUAAUUUCCUUCACUAUGAGGGCAUUAAAUUAAGGCCAAUACUGGAAAGAUCAUUUUCAAGUGGGACAAAAGCAUCUGGUAUCUCUGAAGUAGAAACCAUUGUUUGCCAUGAAGAUGAAGCCUUGUUCGGGGAUCUUUUUUCUGAGGGGGGUCGCUCUGUUGGAUCUGCUGACGGAUGUGAACAAUCUAAUGUUGCUGCUAUUUCCAGUUUUAGCAAUAUGCCAUUUCAGGCGGCAGCUGAAUUACUCAAUUUUCUGAGAACAUGUGUUUUUUCUCCUCAGUGGCACCCUUCGAUGUAUCAAGAUGCACGCAAAAAGCUUAGUGGCGACCAUAUUGAUCUUUUGCUCUCGAUAGUUAAAUGCCCGGGUUGUUUUCCUGAAGAUAGGGUUUCUGAUAAUAGUCCAACUUUGCAUGAAGAGAGGAAGUUUGGGCACUUGCAUCAAUUUUGCUUUGAACUAUUGCAGAAACUCGUUAUGCUCCGAGUUUUCUCUGAAUCUCUUGAAGAGUCACUUGCGGAGAAAAUACUGACGGUUGAGAAUGGUGCUCAUAUGUACAACGAUCAGAUGCUUGCUUUGCUUGCCCAUAUACUUGUGUCCCGAGUGGGUUCAGCUGGUUCUACAUUAAGAACCAAAAUGUAUCAGAUGUUUGUAAAAUUUAUCCAUCAGAAGGCAAAAACUGUCUGCUCAGUGUGUCCUGGUCUGAAGGAGAUUGUUGAAACUCUUCCUUCUCUAUUUCACAUGGAAAUACUUUUUAUGGCUUUCCAUUGUUCAUCGGAAGAGGAAAAGGCUGUACUGGCGAAUGAAAUACUUUUGUCACUGAAAACGAUCGAUAUACCCUCUACUGGUUCCGAUGUUGUGCAGUUGUCAUGCUGGGCCUUGCUGAUUUCAAGGUUGAUUUUAUUACUUCGUCACAUGAUAUUUCACCCGCGUUCAUGUCCGUCGUUGCUGCUUUUGGACUUCAGAAUCAAUUUGAGGGAAGCCUCUGAGAUAAGCUUGCCUAAUUGUGCCAACUAUCUAUCAUCGUGGCCAGCCAUUUUGCUGGAGGACACGACGGAUUCAAAAGAAACAUCUGCAAACAUUAGUUUGCUUAAUCAGUUGGUCGAUAUUGCCCCCCUUCCAGCUUCCUUAUGUAGAGAUUCUCCUACAGGUGAUUUCUUCGGUUUGAAUCAGGAGGAGAUCAGUGCCUGUUUUUCACGCAUUCUGGGAUUUUGGAACGGUAAAAAAGCUGCCAGUACAGAUGAUCUGAUUCUUGAACGGUAUCUUUUUGUGCUUUGCUGGGAUAUUUCAAUUGAGGGAUUUUCUUCAGAACAUUGGCGAGUUCUCUUAAGUGGCCUUGAAGUUCCUGAUAUCUUGGACAUGAAGAAUUUUCUUUAUAUUUCUCAUUCUAUCUUAUCUCAGCAUGCUGCUAGCAAUGAAUGCAUUGGCAUUGCAGAUCUCGUUUUGGGUUUGCUUCAUCAUUUGCAUGGUGCACUUGCGUGUGGAGAUGCUGGUGACAUUGGCUGGGACUUUUUUAGGAUCGGUUCCUGGGUUUCUUUUGUUCUCUCCUUACUAAAUACAGGCAACCAGGGCUACAAUAAUAACAAUUCUCUCUCAAUAGUGGCUCCCAGCCAGCAAGAAUACACUGCAGGGGAUGCUAAGUUCUUGGCAUUGACCAAAUGUCUUGCUUACAACUCUUUCAAUGCUGAUCAGGUUGCAAUACUAAUCAAAUUAUUAUCAUCUUUGUUGAAGAGAUACUUAGCGGUGUACCAGAGAGCUGUAGCUUCACUUUUUGGAAGUGGGCGUCACUCUGCUGACAAGUACUUUCCUCUGUUGCUUCUUGAGUAUACUGGUUCGGACAACAGUAUGCAGGAUGAGUUCACUGAGAAGAUGGGGAUCAAACCCUGCCUGCUGGGCUCUCUUUACGAGCUUCCAUCGAAGUUAACCAAAAUUGUUGAAACUUCUGCUCUGGGAAUUCGAUCUAAAAUUGUUUGGCAAGUUGCAUUGCAUGGAUUUCCAAUUGAUUAUCAACUACCAAGUGAAAUUUUAUCAUCCUGCAUCCUCAGCAUACAGGCAAUUGUUGUUAAUCUAUGUGGAGUUCUUGAGAUGAAUGUUUCCAGUGGGAGCAGUUGGGAAGAAAAAGAGGUAAUGGGUGAGAUUCUCGAGUCAAUUUUGACGAUCAAAUGCAACAAGGUCUUUGAAAACCUUGAGGGUCAAUGUGAAAUUAUAAGCCAAAGCUUGAAAUUGGGCAGUGAAGGAUCUGAUUAUAGCAGCUUAUUCAUUAUGAAGCGAAUGGAAGAAUUCCUGCAAAACAAAGAAGAGGAUGUCAACAGAAGUAUCCAUGAAUGCGUAGUUGUGAAAAUGGUUGAUUUGGCUAACAGCCUGAAGGGGGAUACCCAAAGAGCUUCCAUUUUCAAAUUUUUCCUCUCCACAGAGGAUAUUUCUGAGAAGACUAAGAACUUUUAUGGUUCCCAGCGAGGGGAUAUAUUAGUUCUGAUUGAUGCUCUCGAUUACUGCCAUUCUCAAUCUGUUAAUGUGAGGGUUCUCAACUUCUUUACGGAUCUUUUAUCUGGGGAAUAUCCUGAAGUGAAACUGAAGUUGCAGAUGAAGUUUGUUGGCAUGGAUAUGGGUUCCCUAUUAAAGUGGGUGGAAAUGAGGUUGUUGGGAUCUAUACCAGACACAGAGAACGGUGUCAGUGUUAAAGAAUCUUCAGUUUCUUUAAGAGACUCCACCAUAAACUUCCUCAGGUGUCUUUUGACUCCCACUUCUGGAUUCGAAAUACAAGAUCUGCACUCUCAUUUACAUCAAGCCAUGCUUCUUUCCCUGGACAAUGCAUUUUUACUAUAUGAUAUAAAUACAGCAAGAAGUUACUUCAAUUUCAUUGUCCAACUUUCCAAGGGGGAAAUGUUAAUCAAGUCACUACUACAGAAGACUAUCAUGUUGAUGGAGAAGCUUGCUGGUGAUGGACACUUGCUUCAAGGGCUGAAGUAUCUUUUUGGAUUCCUUGCGGCGACUGUAAGUGAUUGUGUAUCCCCGAGUUGCAUUAUGGAAAAGUCUUCUGGAAAGAUUGUUGCUAGCUCCGGUCCCGUGUUAGGCCCAUUGUCUUCCAGGACUCUUGGUUCAAGAAAAGAUGCUGAUGUUUUGGUUUCAUCGGCUGAUCGAGGGUUGACACCUUUUGAUUGUGAUGCUACUUCUGUUGAUGACGAUGAAGAUGAUGGAACAUCUGAUGGCGAGUUAGGGAGCAUGGAUAAGGAUGAGGAGGAGGAUAGCAACAGUGAGAAGGCACUGGCAUCAAAAGUUUGUACAUUUACAUCUAGUGGCAGCAAUUUUAUGGAACAGCACUGGUACUUCUGUUAUACAUGUGAUCUCACAGUCUCCAAAGGCUGCUGUUCAGUCUGUGCAAAAGUUUGCCAUCGAGGCCAUCGUGUUGUGUACUCACGCUCUAGUCGGUUUUUCUGUGACUGUGGCGCCGGAGGUGUUCGAGGCAGCAGUUGUCAGUGUCUGAAACCUCGAAAAUUCACUGGAACUAAUAGCGCACCCUCUCACAGUGCUGGCAACUUCCAGUCCUUUCUCUCUCUUACAGAGAAUAGCAAUCAGCUGCCUGAAAGUGAUUCAGAUAUUGACGAGGAUACAUCUACAGAUCUGGAUAACUCUACCCGAUUAGCUCUUCCGAAAGAGGUCCAAGAGAGGAUGGCACUGCUGCUUAAUGAGCUGGAGGUUGAAGGGCGUAUGCUAGGAGUUUGUGCAUCUUUAUUGCCCCAUAUUACUGGAAGAAGAGACUCCCACAUGAUGGGAGAUAGGGAAGUUACCUUGUCUGAAGACAAAGUGCUCCACUACGGUAAUGAUCUUCUACAGUUGAAGAAGGCAUAUAAAAGUGGGUCAUUAGAUUUGAAGAUAAAAGCAGAUUAUUCAAACGCGAAGGAACUCAAAUCUCACUUGGCAAGUGGAUCUCUCAUCAAAUCUUUACUUACUGUCAGUGCCCGAGGUCGAUUGGCAGUUGGAGAAGGUGAUAAAGUAGCCAUAUUUGAUGUGGGGCAGUUGAUUGGGCAAGCCACUAUUGCUCCUGUGACGGCGGAUAAGACUAAUGUGAAGCCUCUUUCUAAGAACGUUGUUCGCUUUGAGAUCGUGCAUCUCCUUUUCAAUUCACUUGUAGAGAAUUACUUGGUUGUCGCAGGCUAUGAUGAUUGUCAGGUCCUUACAGUUAAUCAUCGAGGUGAGGUGAUCGAUCGAUUAUCUAUUGAACUUGCUCUACAAGGCGCAUAUAUAAGACGUGUGGAAUGGGUGCCAGGUUCUCAGGUUCAGUUGAUGGUAGUCACAAAUAGAUUUGUCAAAAUAUAUGAUCUGUCUCAAGACAAUAUCAGUCCCUUGCACUAUAUAACAAUGCCUGAUGAUGUGAUUGUGGAUGCAACUCUUUUGGUUGCUUCCCAUGGUAGAAUUUUUCUCGUUGUCCUGUCAGAGUCCGGCAUCCUAUACAAGUUGGAGUUAUCGGUGAAAGCAAAUGUUGGGAGCAGGCCCUUGAAAGAAGUCAUUCAAGUAGAGGGCAGAAAUACUCAGGCAAAGGGAUCCUCGCUAUAUUUUUUGGCUACUCACAAAUUACUCUUUCUGUCCUACCAAGAUGGGAGUACUUUGAUUGGCCGCCUUAAUCCAGAUGUAACAUCUGUGGUAGAAGUGUCUGCUGUGUAUGAUAAUGACUUGAAUGGUAAGCUACGGCCAGCUGGUUUGCAUCAUUGGAAAGAGUUACUGGGUGGCACUGGGCUGUUUGUGUGCUAUUCUAAUCAAAAAUCAAAUGGGAUACUUGCCAUCUCUUUGGGACAACAUGAAGUGCUUGCACAGAACUUGCGACAAACUGGGGGUUCAACCUCACCUCUGGUUGGGGUUACUGCUUAUAGGCCUUUGUCAAAAGACAAAAUCCACUGUCUUAUUUUGCAUGACGAUGGAAGCCUCCAGAUUUACUCUCACAUCCCAGCUGGGGUGGACACUGGUGUAAAUGUAAUGGCAGACAAGGUUAAGAAAUUGGGUAGUGGUAUUUUAAAGAAUAAAGCCUAUGGGGGCAUUAAACCAGAAUUUCCCCUCGACUUUUUCGAGAAAACUGUCUGCGUUACACAAGACGUGAAAUUUAGUGGUGAUGCCAUUAGGAAUAACGAUUCUGAGGGGGCGAAGCAAACUUUGGCAUCUGAAGACGGGUUUCUAGAGGGACCUAACCCUGCUGGAUUCAAGAUUACAGUGGCCAAUUCGAAUCCUGAUAUUGUCAUGGUUGGUUUCCGCUUGCAUGUUGGUAACACAUCAGCUAGUCAUAUUCCCUCGGAAGUUACAAUUUUCCAGAGAGUGAUAAAAUUAGAUGAAGGAACGCGAUCUUGGUAUGAUGUACCCUUCACUGUGGCUGAAUCACUCCUAGCUGAUGAGGAAUUCACAAUUUCUAUUGGCCGAACCUUCAGCGGAUCUGCUUUGCCCAGAAUAGACUCUUUAGAAGUAUAUGGCCGAGCAAAGGAUGAAUUUGGUUGGAAAGAGAAGAUGGAUGCAAUUCUAGAUAUGGAAGCUCGAGUGGUUGGUUGUAAUUCGUGGUCCACAGGUUCAGCAAGAAAGUCUCGGGCAGCACAAUCUGCUUCAGUAGAGGAGCAGGUGGUGGCUGAUGGACUCAGGCUCCUGUCCAGAAUCUAUUCGUUAUGUAAAUCUCAGGGAUUCUCAAAAAUUGAAGAAGUUACGGAGUGGAGCAAUCUUAAAUUUAAGCAAGUGCUGGAAACAGUUUUUGAAAGUGACAGGGAGCCUUUGCUACAGGCUGCUGCCAGCCGUGUUCUGCAAGCUGUUUUCCCUAGACGAGAGAUCUAUUACCAAGUGAAAGAUACCAUGCGUCUCAAUGGGGUAGUGAAAUCUACAGUCAUGCUCUCGUCGAAGUUGGGAAUGGGGGAGCUUACUGCAGGGUGGAUAAUUGAGGAGUUUACAGCACAGAUGCGUGCUGUUUCUAAGAUAGCUCUGCAUCGUCGCUCAAACUUGGCCAAUUUCCUCGAGACUAAUGGUUCUGACGUAGUUGAUGGACUUAUGCAAGUACUAUGGGGAAUUUUGGAUAUAGAGCAGCCAGACACACAAACGAUGAACAACAUUGUCAUUUCAUCUGUGGAACUUAUUUAUUGUUAUGCAGAGUGUCUGGCAAUGCAGGGAACAAAUGCGGUAAAGCAAUCAGUAGCACCUGCUGUUAUUUUAUUGAAAAAACUUCUUUUCUCGACUGAUGAGGCUGUUCAAACUUCCAGCAGCUUGGCUAUAUCUUCUAGAUUUCUCCAGGUUCCUUUUCCAAAGCAGACGAUGUUAGGUGCAGAUGACGUGAUGGAGAGUGCAACAUCUGUUCCCCUUCGUGCUGAUGUUGCAAGUGCAACUAGUGGGAAUAAUCCUGUUAUGGUAGAAGAAGAUUCCAUUACUUCAUCUGUACAGUACUGUUGUGAUGGUUGCUCAACUGUUCCUAUACUGAGGCGAAGAUGGCACUGUACUGUUUGCCCUGAUUUUGAUUUAUGUGAAGCAUGUCAUGAAGUCUUGGAUGCGGAAAGACUUCCUCCUCCACAUUCUAGAGAUCAUCCAAUGACAGCAAUCCCAAUUGAAGUAGAGACAUUCAAUGGAGAUGGCAAUGAGAUUCACCUUUCCACUGAUGAUUUAGGUGACUCAAGUUUGUUUCCAAUUGCUGCUGAUGCAAAUGCGCAAAAUCUGGCUCCAUCAAUCCAUGAGUUGGAGCCUAAUGAGACUGGACAGUUUCCAACUUCAGCGGUUGACCCUGUUACUAUUUCUGCCUCUAAAAGGGCUGUCAAUUCGUUACUUCUUUCUGAGCUCCUUGAACAACUAACAGGAUGGAUGGAGACCACCUCUGGAGUGCAGGCUAUUCCUGUGAUGCAGCUUGUCUACAGAUUGUCAUCAGCUAUUGGUGGUCCUUUUGUUGAUAAUACCGAGAUUGAUAGCUUAAAUUUGGAGAAACUGAUUAAAUGGUUUGUAAGUGAGAUGAAAGUUGAUAAGCCUUUUGAUGCCCGAACCCGUUCAUCUUUUGGGGAAGUUGUGAUCCUGAUCUUCAUGUUCUUCACCCUUAUGCUGCGUAACUGGAACCAACCAGGUAGUGAUGUUACGACAUCAAAAUCUGGUGGGGCAACAGACGCACAGGACAAGACAACCAACCAAAUCCCAUUUUCCAUGUCAUUAUCCAGUUCAUCUACAUCUGAUUGCCAAGAGAAGAGUGACUCCGCUUGUCUGCAUAGAGCUUGCAGCUUUCUGAGGCAGCAGAUUUUCGUUAAUUACCUUAUGGACAUACUGCAACAGCUUGUCCACGUGUUUAAGUCCCCUUCUGUCAGUGCUGAAACCCAUGGCCUGAACCCUGGUUCUGGUUGCGGUGCACUAUUAACAGUUCGACGAGAACUUCCAGCUGGUAAUUUUUCACCAUUUUUCUCAGAUGCGUAUGCCAAAUCACAUCGAUCAGAUCUGUUUGCUGACUACCACAGACUGUUACUUGAGAACACUUUUCGGUUGAUUUACUGUUUAAUUCGACCUGAAAAGCAUGACAAGAGUGGAGAGAAAGAGAAGGCGUAUAAAAUUCAUUCUGGUAAGGAUUUGAAGCUUGAUGGGUAUCAGGAUGUUCUUUGCAGUUACAUCAACAAUCAACAUACAAGUUUUGUGAGGAGGUAUGCCAGGCGGCUGUUUCUGCAUAUUUGUGGCAGUAAGACACAUUAUUACAGUGUCCGAGACUCUUGGCAGUUUUCAAGUGAAUUUAAGAAGCUUUAUAAACACAUAAACAAGUCUGGUGGAUUUCAAGGUUCUGUCUCAUAUGAAAGAAGUGUGAAAAUAGUGAAAUGCCUCUCCACCAUAGCUGAAGUAUCCGCAGCAAGGCCUAGAAACUGGCAAAAAUAUUGCUUGAGACAUGGUGAUGUCUUACCCUUCCUCAUGAAUGGAGUUUUCUCCUUUGGAGAAGAAUGUGUUGUUCAAACUCUGAAACUUUUGAAUUUGGCCUUUUAUACUGGAAAGGAUACUAAUCACUCUUCGCAUAAGACUGAAGGUGGAGAUGGAGGUACAUGUUCAAAUAAGUCUGGGCCACAAUCUAUUGAAGCUAAAAAGAAGAAGAAAGGUGAAGAAGGAAGUGAAUCGUCUGCGGAGAAAUCUUACAUGGAUAUGGAACAGGUCUUAAAUGUCUUUACUGACCGCAGUGAUGAUUGUUUGAUGCAAUUUAUUGACACAUUUUUGUUGGAAUGGAAUUCAAGCACUGUUCGUGGGGAAUCCAAAUGUUUUCUUCUUGGGGCCUGGCACCAUGGGAAACAGUCGUUCAAGGAAACCCUGUUAACUAUUCUCUUGCAAAAAGUGAAACACUUGCCGUUGUAUGGUCAAAAUGUCGUUGAGUACACAGAACUCGUGACCUACUUGCUCGGAAAAUCACCAGAAAACGGCUUAAAGCCGCAGAACAGUGAAAUUGUAGACAAAUGCUUGACUUUUGAUGUGGUUAAAUGCAUUUUUGAGACACUUCAUUCACAAAAUGAGCUUUUGGCAAACCAUCCCAAUUCUCGCAUCUAUAACACUUUGAGUGGUUUGGUGGAAUUUGAUGGCUAUUAUCUUGAGAGUGAGCCUUGUGUUGCCUGCAGCUCUCCCGAGGUCCCAUAUAGUCGGAUGAAGCUGGAAAGUCUGAAGUCAGAAACCAAGUUCACAGAUAAUCGUAUUAUUGUGAAGUGCACUGGUAGCUACACCAUCCAGAGUGUGACGAUGAAUGUCCAUGAUGCCCGUAAAUCUAAAUCAGUGAAAGUGCUGAAUCUUUAUUACAACAACCGGCCUGUUGCUGAUUUGUCGGAGUUGAAAAAUAAUUGGUCCUUGUGGAAGCGAGCGAAGAUCUGCCAUCUUGCUUUCAAUCAGACAGAGCUGAAAGUGGAUUUCCCUAUUCCUAUAACAGCAUGUAACUUUAUGAUUGAGUUGGAUUCUUUCUAUGAAAAUCUUCAGGCAUUAUCCCUUGAACCACUGCAGUGUCCACGUUGUAGUCGACCUGUGACUGACAAACAUGGAAUUUGUGGCAACUGUCAUGAGAAUGCAUAUCAAUGCCGGCAAUGCCGAAACAUUAAUUAUGAAAAUCUCGACUCCUUUUUAUGCAAUGAGUGUGGAUACAGUAAAUAUGGUCGUUUCGAAUUCAAUUUCAUGGCCAAGCCAAGCUUUACUUUUGACAGCAUGGAAAAUGAUGAAGAUAUGAAAAGAGGACUAGCUGCAAUAGAAUCUGAAUCAGAAAAUGCUCAUCGGCGGUACCAACAGCUUUUGGGUUUCAAGAAACCUUUACUGAAGAUUGUCUCAAGCAUUGGCGAGAAUGAAAUGGAUUCUCAGCAGAAGGAUUCUGUACAGCAGAUGAUGGUGUCAUUACCUGGUCCUUCGUGCAAGAUCAACCGUAAAAUUGCCCUUCUUGGCGUACUGUAUGGUGAGAAAUGCAGAGCAGCAUUCGAUUCUGUGAGUAAAAGUGUUCAGACUCUUCAAGGUCUCAGACGGGUAUUAUUGAAUUAUUUGCAUCAAAAGCAUUCUGAUAAUCUUGCUGCAGCCUCUAGAUUUGUUGUCUUGCGGUCUCCUAAUAGCUGUUAUGGCUGUGCUAGUACAUUUGUUACCCAGUGUCUUGAGAUAUUACAAGUGCUGUCAAAACAUCCGAGUUCGAAGAAGCAACUUGUUGCUUCUGGCAUUCUGCGUGAGUUGUUUGAGAACAAUAUACAUCAGGGCCCAAAAACUGCUCGUGUUCAAGCCAGGGCGGCACUUUGUGCCUUCUCAGAGGCUGAUGUGAAUGCAGUGUCAGAAUUGAACAGCUUGCUGCAAAAGAAGGUUAUGUACUGUCUUGAACAUCAUCGCUCCAUGGACAUUGCUCUGGCAACACGUGAAGAACUAAUGCUGCUUUCAGACGUCUGUUCCUUGACAGACGAGUUUUGGGAGUCAAGGUUGAAGAUUGUCUUCCAGUUGUUAUUUAAAUCAAUCAAACUGGGUGCCAAACAUCCUGCUAUAUCGGAGCAUGUUAUUCUUCCUUGUCUGAAGAUUAUAUCUCAUGCAUGUACUCCUCCUAAACCUGAUGCAAUAGAUAAAGAGCCAGGGACUGAAAAGCCAUCUCCCAAUUUCACAUAAAAGAUGAAAACAGCUCAUAUGAAUCUGGCUCUAGUGGGGCUUGCGAAUGCAAGCAGGGCUGUAUCAGAGUCGUUGGAGAAGAAUUGGGACGGUUCUUCUAAGACUCAAGAUAUCCAGUUACUGAACUAUUCUGAAUGGGAAAAAGGAGCAUCAUAUCUUGACUUUGUGAGACGGCAAUAUAAAGUUUCUCAGACAGUCAGAGUUGGCCAGAAAUCUCGGCCUCAUAGAUAUGACUAUUUGGCCAUGAAAUAUGCUCUGAGGUGGAAGCGAAGCUCUUGUAAAGAAGCUCAGAGUGAGAUAAAAUUGUUUGAACUCGGCUCAUGGGUUACUGAACUUAUAUUGAGUGCUUGUUCACAAUCUAUAAGAUCUGAGAUGUGCAUGUUAAUAAAUUUGCUUUGUGGACAAAGUUCAUCAAGACGGUUUCGGUUGCUAAAUCUGCUGAUGUCUUUGUUACCAUCUACUCUUUCUGCUGGAGAAAAUGCGGCCGAAUAUUUUGAGUUGCUCUUUAGAAUGAUAGAUUCAGAAGAUGCUCGCAUAUUUUUGACUGUUCGAGGAUGUUUGUCUACCAUAUGUAAGUUAAUCAUGAGGGAAGUCAAUAAUGUUGAGUCCUUGGAGAGAAGUCUCCAUAUUGAUAUAUCUCAAGGGUUUAUUCUUCAUAAGCUUAUAGAGCUCCUUGGGAAAUUUCUGGAGGUCCCUAAUAUCAGAUCGAGAUUUAUGCGAGCAGUGUUAUCCGAUGUUCUUGAGGCACUUAUUGUGAUCAGGGGCCUAAUUGUUCAAAAGACUAAACUAAUAAGUGACUGUAACCGGCUCCCUGAAGAUCUUCUCGACAGUCUUCUGCUUGAGAGCAAUGAGAACAAAGGGCUGUUCAUACAGGCUUGUAUCGGUGGCUUACAGAUUCAUGGAGAGGACAGAAAAGGGCGUAAUUCUAUGUUUAUCUUGGAGCAGCUCUGUAAUUUGGUUUGCCCGUCGAAGCCAGAGCCUGUAUAUCUGUUAAUACUGAACAAGGUUCAUACUCAGGAGGAAUUUCUUAGCGCGUCAAUGACCAAGAAUCCUUACUCGAGUGCUGAGCUCGGUCCUCUAAUGCGUGAUGUCAAAAAUAAAAUCUGCCACCAGUUGGACCUCCUGGGUCUGCUUGAAGAUGAUUAUGGCAUGGAGUUGCUUGUCGCAGGGAACAUCAUCUCUCUUGAUUUGAGGUUGCUCAAGUUUAUGAGCAAGGUUUGGAAGAAAUCAAACGGUCAAUCAUCAAAUUCAGCACCUGGGAACAGGUACUGGCACGUUUUGAACUCAUUGUCUCAUCCUUCAGGGCUUAAGAAGUCAAAUAAACAGCAGAGGAAUACGGAGAUGGUUGCAAGAAUUUUGCCUUACUUGACUUACGGAGAAUCUGCAGCCAUGGAUGUUCUCGUCCAGCACUUUGACCCAUACUUGCAGGAUUGGAGCGAGUUUGACCGGUUACAAAAGCAAUACGAAGACAAUCCUAAGGAUGAAAAGACGGCUCAACAAGCAGCCAAACAGAAAUUUGCGCUGGAGAAUUUUGUGAGGGUCUCUGAAUCACUUAAGACGAGUUCUUGUGGUGAGAGAUUGAAGGAUAUAAUAUUGGAGAAAGGGAUUACUGCAGUUGCUGUGAGACACUUGAAGACAUGUUUUGCAUGCACGGGACAGCCUGGGUUUAAAUCAACUGCAGACUGGGCAUCUGGAUUGAAAUUGUCUUCUGUUCCCCUGAUACUCUCUAUGCUGAGGGGGCUAUCAAUGGGUCACUUGGCCACUCAAAGGUGUAUCGAUGAGGAAGGAAUUUUGCCUUUGCUUCAUGCCUUAGAGAGUGUCUCAGGUGAAAAUGAGAUUGGUGCAAAGGCUGAAAACUUGCUGGACACCCUUACUGAUAAGGAAGGAACCGAUAAUGGAUUCUUAACAGAAAAAGUUCGCCAACUACGACAUGCAACACGUGAUGAGAUGAGGCGUAGAGCUCUGAAGAAAAGAGAGCAGUUGCUUCAGGGACUUGGAAUGCGGCAAGAACUUACCUCAGAUGGAGGUGAGCGAAUCGUUGUUUCACAACCUGUCCUCGAAGGAUUCGAAGAUGUCGAAGACGAGGAAGAUGGGCUAGCUUGCAUGGUUUGCCGAGAGGGUUACCGAUUGAGAUCCACUGAUUUGUUGGGGGCCUACACUUACAGCAAGCGUGUCAACUUGGGUGUUGGAAGCUCGGGGAAUGCCCGUGGAGAUUGCGUUUACACAACUGUCAGCCAUUUCAACAUCAUACAUUUCCAGUGCCAUCAAGAGGCUAAAAGAGCCGACGCUGCUUUAAAAAAUCCAAAGAAGGAAUGGGAUGGAGCUGCCCUUAGAAACAACGAAACCCUCUGCAACAACUUAUUCCCCCUAAGAGGCCCCACUGUUCCUAUCGGACAAUACAUACGUUACGUCGACCAGUACUGGGACUAUCUCAACUCUCUGGGGCGUGCAGAUGGAAGCCGACUGCGUUUAUUGACUUACGACAUCGUUUUGAUGCUAGCUCGGUUUGCCACAGGUGCAUCGUUUAGUGCGGAUAGCAGAGGUGGUGGGAAAGAAAGCAAUUCAAAAUUCUUACCUUUCAUGAUACAGAUGGCACGACACCUUCUAGAUCAGGACUCUUCACAACGAAACAAUCUUGCUAAAACGAUUGCAACUUACUUGUCUUCCUCUACACUAGAGUCAAAAGCCUCGACUUCUCCCAGUACUCAGCCACCUUCUAGUGGAGACGAAACUAUCCAAUUCAUGAUGGUGAGCUCGCUCCUUUCGGAAUCUUACGACUCUUGGUUGAAGCAUCGACGGGCCUUCUUGCAGAGAGGAAUAUACCACGCUUACAUGCAGAAGCACGGGCGCUCUCUGCACCGAACCACCCCUAAUGUAUUGGGAAGCACUUCUGUAGAUAGUGGUGGAUCUGAUGAACUAUUCUCGACUAUACAGCCUAUGCUUGUUUACACCGGCUUGAUCGAGCAGCUUCAGUGCUAUUUCAAGGUGGGGAAAUCUUCGACAGUGGUGGACCAAAUUCGAGAAAGCGGAGACGAGAGCAAGAAGUUGGAAGCUUGGGAGAUUUUGAUGAAAGAGAGAUUGUUGAACGUGAAAGAUAUGGUGGCUUUCUCGAAGGAGCUGCUCACGUGGCUUGAUGACAUGACUUCGGCUAAUGAUUUGCAGGAGUCUUUUGAUGUUAUUGGUGCUUUGUCAGAUGUUUUGGCUUCUGGACACACGAGGUGUGAGGAUUUCGUAUAUGCUUCUAUCAAUUUAGGGAAAAGCUAAUUCUUGAUGGCAACUUUUUUUUUUCCUUUUUCUUUUUUGGUUGUAUUUGUCACUGUAAUGGUGCAGACAUUUGGAAAUGCUUAGUGAUGUAUGUAUUUAUUGUACAUGUAAUGUAUUGUUUGACGUUGUAUCUAUAAUUGUUGCUAAGCAAGAGGAAGGAUAUGUUUCGUGAUGAAACAAUAAAUUUUGCAUAAACAUUUUAAGUUAUUUUUCGACGUUUUGGGUU